AUGGAAAAGGGGAAUUCCAAUAAAAGCAAUGAAAAUUAUAAAAAUUUGGUAGACUGUUACUAUUUAUUACUAAAAAAGUUUAAAACUAAAAGCUCCUACGUAAUAGAUGAAUUUUUAAUAAAAGAAAAUAAAGAAAGUAAUGGAACAUUAACCAUUUAUGAAGAUGUAAAUAUAGUCUCAUUUUCUUAUUUAAUCUUAUCCAUGAUUGAUUCUAAUUAUGAUGUAAUAAACAAAAUUAAUAUUCUAAAUGUACAAAAUGCUAACGAUAUUAUAAAAGCUUUGUGCUUUUAUAUGGAUAAUAUACAAAUUAGUGACAUAUUAAAAAAAAAUACAAAACCUAUAAGAAAAAAAGAUACAAAUAUCCAAAAAAAUAAUAAAACUUCUUUAAAAAAAAAAGAAAUAAAACCAAAUAAUAAUGCUCAAGAAGAAAAGAAUAAUGAAAUAAUUAAAAAAAACGCGUGUAAUAUAAAAUCUCUAAAUAUAUUCAAUAGUAAUAUAGAUAUUAAUGGAGUCAUAUUUCUUUCUAAAUCAUUAUAUGAUAAUAGAUAUUCAAAGCUUGAAAAUCUUUCUAUUGAUUGUAUUUCCAUGGGCAUGGAUUGUAUUAAAUACUUAUCCUUGUCAUUGUGUAAUUAUAACAAUUUAAAAACACUAAGCCUUCAAUAUUGUAACUUAAAUGAUGAUUCCAUUAAAUAUAUAAUAGAUAUAGUAAUAUACAUAAACUCAUCAUUAUAUAGUUUAAACAUAAGUGGUAAUAAAUUUACCGAAAAGGGAAUAUGUGCGCUUUUUGAAAGUUUUUCAUUAAACAAUUCUUUAAAUAUUGUCGAUGCUUCUUAUAAUAUGUUUAUUUUAAAGGACUCAUUCGUGGACGCAUUUUAUAAAAUUAUACAAAGCAAAACAAAUAUUUCCAGCAUAUCAUUAACUGGAAAUUUUAUUGACGACAAUAAUUUAUCGAAAAUAAAUGAGGCAAUGAAUUUAAAUAAAUCAAUAUCAAUUUUAAAAUUACCUAAUGAAGUUGAUGCAGAAAUAUUAAAGCAAAUAAAUUCAAAGUUAAUUAAAAAAAAAAGAAAAAAGAAAAAACAAAUUAAAAAAAAAAUGUUUUAA